AUGUCAAACUCGUUGGACGAGCUCGCCAAUCGAGCUCAACAUUUAAUUGAUGUGCUCAGAAAUCGACCGGACAAAGAACUAGACUUGCUGAUGAUUCUCGAGCUGGGAGAGGGAGCACUAAAGGAUCCUGAAGCUGAAAAUAUUGAGGAGCCGCUCGCCGAGAAGACUAUUGCUCCUACAAAACAAAGUCCAAGCGAUGAAACCCGAAUUUCCGAUGAAUCAGAUGACGCAACGACGGUUAUUAUGGCUUCUAGCACUCCUAGAAUCAUUAAAAGCUCCCCGACGUCUUCUGGAGAUACUGAAACGACUUCUCAAUCGAUCAAAGCGACACCGACGUCGUCUGGAGAGUCUGGAAUCAACUCGACGUCUUCUGAAACGGUUCCGAUGCCUUCAACGACUUCUGGAGAGGCUAGAAUCAAUUCGACGUCUUCUACCCCUCCGAAAAUCUUGUCCACAAGAAUCGUGAAAAGCUCCCCGACGUCUUCUGGAAAGACUAAAGCGACACCGGCGUCUUCUAAAGAGCCUAGAAUCAAUUCGACGUCUUCUACCACUCCAAAAACUUCUAGAAAUUCUAUAAGAUUCGUGAAAAGCUCACCGACGACUUCUCAAUCGAUCAAAGCGGCGCCGGCGACUUCUGGAGGGUCUGGAAUCAAUUCGACGGCAUCUAACUCAAUCAAAACCGAGCCAACGACUCCAAAGGCCCCAGAAUCUUCUAGAAAACGCGCGGAAGUUGUCGUUGUCCCGUCUCCUGCCGUCAAAAAGCGUCGAUCAACACCGAAAGCCGAUCGUCACCCGUAUUUGGGAAUCGAUCACGAGAAAAUGUGGGAAUUUGUGAUCGAUACAAUGAACUGGGAGAUUGAUAACAAUGUGAAUCAUAGUGCGAAGAAUCUGGCGAAAGGAAUCGACAUUUGGGAUGAAUUCUAUGAUAAAUACGACGAUCCAACGGCGGAAUACGAGAAUAUGCACUCGCCAUAUAGCCUCCAGUCCCAACUCCAAAAAGACACCAAAAGCCGAAUCAUUUGCGACAAGAAGGGUGUCAUCGUCAAGGUUCAGCACAAUAUCGUCAUCUUGGAGUCUUCAGAUGAAUCGGAGGACGAGGAGGACUUGCCAGAAACGGAUCCAAUGGAGUAG